AUGUCAUAUAUAAAUAAUCGUACUCAUCCAAAUAAUUAUUCUGGCCCCGAAAAAAAUUAUCAAUAUGACGACAUCGAUGUAGAUUUAAUAGAAGUGGAAUCUUUUGAUCAAGAGAGUAACGAAGACGCUGGAGUUGGAAGCAGUAAGAGUAUGAUUAGUUCAGAAUACAGUUUAUUAGCAGGAAUGUCUCCAAUUGAACAAAAAAAAUUUGAAAUGCAACAAAUGAAGAUCUUACAAAAAUUACAACGAAAAGAUAUUGCGGAUGUAUCGAAAAAUGUUACCGAUUCUAUCGAUUCAGAAUCAAUUCAUUCUUCGCUUAUUUCUUUAAUAUCGCGAUAUGCUGAUGAAUAUGUUGAUGAAUAUGUUGAUGAAUAUUCCGAUGAAUAUUCCGAUGAAUAUGUUGAAGAAUAUGCUGAUUCGAGUAAUCAAUCUAAUCCUUCUCAAAAACCUGCUUCCAAACAUACCGUUUCAUUUAGUAAAUUGAUGUCAUUCGGUUCUAUUAGGGGAAAAUUUAAUCGUCAACGUAGCAUACGACAUAUUCGCAUGUUAAGUGAAUUAAAGAUUCCUGUUCCUGAUGCAAAUGAACCAAUUAUAUUUGAAUCUAACGUGAAAAGAUGGAAUUCUUCUGUAUUUAAAAAAUCUUCAAAUAAUUACCUUGUCCUUACAAGUAAAUGUCUUUGUAGCUUUAAAAAUGCUGAGAAAGCUGCAAAAAUAUUUUCUCGUCUAAUUCAUAAUGAUAAAAGCACUGAUGAAGAUACUUCUUCAGACUCCUCUGAUACCGCAACGAAAGUUUUACCAUCGGAAAAUAUCAUCCUUUCAUUACCUACAGUUUAUGCCAUUUCUGAACAAUUAACACCUGAACCUUGCAUUAGAAUUGAUUAUAUAUCGGGUCCUAAAAAGCAUGCUCGCGUUUCAAUCACAUCCCAAGACCUCGAAAGUCAUAAUCAGUGGCUUUCAACGAUAAGAACCGCAGUUCGUACCGCGAAUGCCGUAGGUUCUUAUUUAACGCUGAAUCAACGUACUUGGAUCAUGUCAAAAUUACAAUCGGUACAAGAUUUAUCCGAUGAGAACGAAGAGAAUUUGGUUGCUUUUCGAGUUAUAUUAAAAUCAAUUAUCGAUGAAGGUUCUAGGAAAGAACAUGAUAAAGAUCCAAAAGUUACGAUUUUUUUCAUCUUAGGAAGAAGCAAUGUUUACUUUAUUCCAACUAGUUUAGUUGGAAAUGAGUUGUCGAGUGAUGAAAAUGGAAUGAAAUCAGAUCGAAUUCCUCAUUAUCCUUUGCUUGUUGAAGAUACCAAGUCAAAAGAUGUCGAAUUUCAUAGAUAUAAAUACCCCUUAUUAUGUCUCACGGACAUAUAUUCAGAUGGAAGAGAUGAUUCCUUUCAAUUAACAUUUAAAAAUAAUAUUGGAUCCAUGAAAAGAACUUUAUCACUUGGAUCUCUUUUAGUAGAAAAUAUUAUAACCGAAAUUCGCACAGCGAUCGAUUCUAUUACAUUUUGGUGGCCAAGCCCCGGUUAUCAAUUAAGAGCACCGACAAAUAUGCAAGCAACGAUUAUACCCCCAGAACCUGAGAGCGAUAAGGCUUCACAGGUGGUAGGGCUUGAAAGAAUGAUCGAAGCCCAAUGUCAUGCCUAUCUUGUCAAUAAAUCAAGGAUUACUUUCAAAAUCGAAUAUGUAGUUGGAGCCAAAAGUACCUUUAUAGGAUUAGGAAUUGACCAUUUACCCUUUAGAUUUAUCCUUCUCCCCCCUGCAUCUCAAUCAUCUGAAUCACAAUUAGAGCAUGAAAGUCCUUAUUCAAAUCAAGAGUUAAUAGCGAUUUUUAAUUCUCUUAAAUAUCAUCCACUUUUACAUGAAAUAAUUCUUCGUCAUACAAACCUUUUCGAACUUCAAAUUCAACAGGGACCUAGAGAUCAUGAUGGAAUGAAUAUGCUUGCCGCCGUAAUAUAUGAUCUUUUAUUAUCCAAUCCAAGAUUAAAGAAAUUGGAUUUAACAUCUUGUGGAAUUACAAGUGAAACAGUUUCGGCAAUUGGUAAAGCCCUCAUAACAGGACAAUCAUGUUUAGAACGUUUAUUGUUGGGAGGAAAUUCAAUUAGAGGAGAAGGGGCUCAAGCAUUAGCUAGUGGAUUAACUGGUCAUAAAUCAGCUAUUAAAGAAUUGGAUAUUUCAAAUUGUAAAUUAACCAAUGAUUCAGUUGAAUCAAUCCUUCAAGCCUUGGAUACAAAUGUUCCCGAAGAAUUAGAGGUUUUAAAUAUCUCAAAUAAUAGUUGUGAUCUGGAGACAAAUGUUUUAGAGGAACUUUUAUCAAAAACCGUAACACUUAGGACAUUAAAUUUACGUAGAUGUCAAAAAUCCUUUACUCAUAAAAAUCCUUUGAUAUCGGUGGAACUUUUAGGUAAUAUUAACCUUACAACUUUAGAUUUAGGAGAGAUUUCACUUAAUAGUCGUGAUCACUUGAAUGCGUUAUACGAAUAUAUUCAAUCACCAGCAUUCGCCAAAAUACGAUAUUUAAGUGUGGAUCAUUGUGAUUUGGAUGGGGGAGCAGUUUCACUAAUAUUAUCAUAUGUCACAACAUCACCAAAUUAUGAAAAGAUAAGAGUUUGGGCAGGAGGAAAUUAUGUAAUGAGAUCCUCGCAGGGUUUUAAAGAAUUUAUUAAUGCGAUUAAAAGUGAUUGGACUCCAAUAUGGCUUUCGUUGGAAGAUACUAUAUUUGGAUUAAAUCUUGACAUGAUCAUUGAUAUUUUACAAGCAUUUUCUGAAAACACAGUUAUACAAUAUUUAGAUCUAUCUUAUCCCAAUUUUAGUAAACAUAAAGGUGUAUCACCCACUCCGCAAACGCAAAUGAUCGCAAAGAAAGCAUGUGAAGCUAUUGGAAGCUUAUUUAGAGAAAAUAAGUCGAUAAAAGGAUUAGAUUUGCACGGAGAAUCUUCAAGAAGAUUCGGUUCUUUACUCGGCAAAAGUUUAUCUGGAUUGAAAGAGAACAACACUUUGGAAAAAUUGAAUAUUAAAGGAAAUGCCAUAAGUGAUCAUGGUGCUAAAGUGUUAAGCGAAGUAUUGAAAGUCAACACAAAAUUAAGAGUUUUAAGUUGUGAUGAGAAUGAGAUUGGAAUUGAAGGGUAUAGCGCAAUACAUAAAAUCCUAACCACUGGUUUAAAUGUGACAUUACAACAAUUCUCAUACCCAACACAAGACUUACGAGCCCAUAAUGAAAGUCUGGAUUCAAAAUUAACGAUUAACUCACCACGUGAUACCAUAUUCGGUCCUCCUACGGCUAAAAUGAGUCAGAGAAUUGCAGCAGAAAAACUAAAGGUUAAUUUCCGUGAAAUUGUAGAAGAAAUUAUGAUGGCAGUUGAUGAACAUGAAGAAAGUUUUUCUGAAAGUAACUCUAACGCGGAUGAUAAUAAAUCAUCUAAAACAGGAAGUAGCAGCACUAGUGAGAGUGAAGUGGAGUACAAUGUUGAAGCAAUUGGAGGAGCAAGGACAGAACAUGGUUAUAAAUUAUCCAAUGCAUCCCCACCUCCAAUUCCAGUCGCUGCUAGUACAUUGGAACGUGUAAUUAUAUUAGCUACAGCAUUAUAUGCCAGUUUAAAAUUGGUCAGUAUAAUGGCAGCUAAUGAGGUUGGACGCAUUGAAGGUCUAGAUUUGAUGUUACUUUCUAUAUGGACUUGGUUUGUAUACUCAUUCGGUUUCCCGUUUUCGAAUAAUGAGGAGAAACUCUUUCAUAGAUUAUGGGGAACUGAUGAGAAAUAUUAUAGAAAUGAUGUCGAUGAUGGCGCAUUUUACGGAACAUUGUUGAUUCCAAUAGUAGCUGCUGCAAAAAUAAUAGAUGGUCAACGUUCAUCAUCAUCACCUAAUGAUGAUGAAUCUUCUAUGGCUAUGGGACUUUUACCUCUUUUUCAAAGAUUACCUUGGCAACUUAUUAUAUUUUCGCAAUUUUUCUAUCAUACUUCAUUGUAUACCAUUGCAAAAUCAAUGAAAAAGAGUUUUACAUUUGGUGAAUUGGCGGUUGUUUCACAGGCUUUAACGUUACUCGCAGUUGAAGCUUGGGUAGUAACGAUGAAUCAGUUUGGAUUACUUAGACUUUUUCCUUUACAAAAUCAUAUACCUAGUAAUAUAGUCAUCUUUCAAAUUGCUCUUAUCCUUGGUAUAUUAUUGAUAGGAAUAGUUUUAUCGCCGUUUCUUAUACGUUCAAGACAACUAGCACAACAACCGACUUGGAAAAUUAAGCACACACGUGACAUCAAUAGCAGAAAGAAAAAAGUUGCCUUUAUUAUUUAUUUUAUUACUGUACUUAUGAUUGGUUCAAUUGGACUUUGGGUGCAAGCUUUUUUGAAUAUAGAUCCUUAUUCAUGGAUGCUUGGAUUUGUUAUAGAGAAAAAAGCACGAAUAUUUUUGUGUAUAUUUUGGAUAGGAUUAAUUGCACUAUCCCUUGGUUUAUUUAUUCAAUUGUCUCAAGCACGUAAAAUUUAUUCUUUAAAUACAAAACGAAAAUAUUUCCACUUUCUAGCAUUAAUCAUGUUUAUGCCAGGAUAUCUAUUUGAGUCAGUAUUUAUGCAUUUAGCAUUUAGUGUAGCAUUUGCUGCAUUAAUUUAUUUGGAAUAUUUGAGGUAUUUUGCUGUAUUUCCGUUAGGGAAACAACUUCAUGUAUUUCUCAGCGAAUUUUUGGAUUCUCGUGACGCGGGGCCAAGUAUUUUAAGUCAUAUAUAUUUACUCGUUGGGUGUGCUGGUUGCAUUUGGUUGGAUGGAUCUUCUACACUAGCAAAUAUUUCUGGUAUAUUUACUUUAGGCCUUGGCGAUUCAAUGGCUUCUAUAAUUGGAAGAAAAUAUGGAAGGCAUAGAUGGCCUGGAGCUUUUAAAACUAUUGAAGGAUCCAUUGCAUUUGUUGUCUUUAUAAUGAUCGGGGCAGUUAUAUUAAAUCUUACAGCAUCAUCCAAUAUAUGGGCGGAUUCUGCUCAAUCUGGUGGUUUCAGUAAUUGCUCUCUUGGAGGCAGUAACUUAUCAAAAUGA